UGCACGUCAGUUUUGAUUAAUUUUUUGCGCGUCAUGCACAUUUUACAAGCAGUGCAGCAAGAAUUUGCAUAUUUUUACAAAAGUCUUUAAGUUUUCGUGAAAAUUCAGCAGUAAAUUAGUGUGAAAGUGUAUAAGUGCAUAGUACAGUGUGUAUUUAAUGUAUAAUUGAGCAGCUGGCGUGGUGAUUUUCUGCAAUGCAGGAAGGGGUGCUCGCAGCGGCUUCUGCCCCAUUUGGGCUCUAAAUUGAAACUUUUUGUAACUUUUAAGUUUGCAAUCAAGUGUUGAGAGUGCGGUAAAUCGAAUGUGCAAUAAAUAAUAACAAUAUUUUAAAUGAAUGCAGCAUAUAAACGAAAACUGAAGCACUCGCCGUGUAAUGAUCACAAGCCCAGCGUUUUGUUUUUGUGCUGCUAGCUGAAUAUUAAUGUGCAAUAUACCAACAAAGUGACAAGUGAACAUGAUUCGCUGCAUAAACAAAUGUAAAGUUAUAAACUAAACAUUAAUUAAAAGUCAGCAGUGGUGUCCCGUCACAGCUAUGAGACUGCAAAUGUGGGCAGAUUGUGCGGUGCAACGGCAGUUGUAAUGUAAAGUUAUUCGUAUAGGUUUAAUUAAAGAGUGUGUGUAUGUGACUGAUAUUUGAGCCCAUCGUGGGUGCCGUAUACAUGUUUAUACAAGUUUGUACAAGUUUAAUGAGCUAAAUUCAAGUCGCGAGUUGUAGGUCGCUGUCAAAAAAAAAGUGAUGUGCGCAUGAAGAACAUGUGAAAAGCGUAAAGUGAUAGUCUUUAUGUGUGUGUGUAAAACAGUUUUAAGUGGGAGCAGGAAAUGAAAGAAAGCGAUAGCGGAGCUGCUAGCUGAUCGUGUGCGCUGAAAGUAUACAUAUUUAUUGCACAGUGAAAAUCAACUAAACAUUCGUAAAAAAAAAACAAAAAAUUUAAAACAAUUAACACAAAAUAACAGUAAAUUAGACUCCGCCAGUGUGUGUGGUGAAAAAUCGUGCAAACAGGAAAUUUGUGUAUAAACCAACAACAAUAAUAACAAAAGCAGCAAACAUCGUACACGAAAUGUUAGACUCAAGUAAAAUCAGUCUUGGCCUGUUGGCCUUAACUGUCAUCUGUGCGACAAAUUGCCCAAAUGUACAGGCCGCCUCACCGCGUUGGGAGCCACAAAUCGCGGUGCUCUGCGAAGCUGGCCAAGUAUUCCAACCGCAAUACCUCUCCGAAGAGGGACGCUGGGUAACGGAUUUGAAUAAGAAAACAUCGGGCGCCACAUGCUUGCGCGACAAAAUGGAUCUACUGGACUACUGCAAAAAGGCUUAUCCGAAUCGUGACAUCACCAAUAUUGUUGAAUCUUCGCAUUAUCAGAAAAUCGGCGGCUGGUGUCGUCAGGGCGCUUUGAAUUCGGCCAAAUGCAAAGGGGCACAUCGUUGGAUCAAACCAUUCCGUUGCUUGGAAGGACCAUUCCAAUCGGAUGCUCUACUGGUGCCCGAAGGUUGUCUCUUCGAUCACAUCCACAACGCCUCACGUUGCUGGCCAUUCGUUAGAUGGAAUCAGACCGGCGCUGCCGCUUGUCAGGAGCGCGGCAUGCAAAUGCGCAGCUUCGCCAUGUUGCUGCCCUGUGGUAUUUCAUUGUUCUCGGGUGUGGAAUUCGUUUGCUGUCCGAAACAUUUCAAAACCGAUGAGAUUCGCGUAAAGAAGACCGACCUACCCGUUAUCGCCCCAGCUGAGAUUACCAACAGCAAUGUGGAUGUGACUAACGAUGACGACAAUGACUCGAACUACUCCAAAGAUAUUGGCGCCGAUGACGACCUUGACGAUGAGGAUGACCUGAUGGGCGAUGAUGAGGAGGACGAAAUGGUCGCCGAUGAGGCAGCUGCUGGUGAGGCGAAUAGCUCGAAUGCUGAUGAUUUGAAUGGCGAAUAUGAUUCUGGCGAGGACUUGGACAACUACGAGGAGGAUGGUGGCGGUGCAGCUGAAGAGCAGUCGGACAGCUGGGAUUUGCAGAAUGGUAGCUCAAGCGGCGCGAAACCAACGGCGGUGAAGUCCAACGCAGAUGAGGCGGGUGGUGCAAAGGGCAAAUUGGGUGUUGAGUCGGUGGUUAAGGGCGCAGCUGGCAUGAUGGCUGAUGCGCCAGCCGCUGCGACAGCACAGCAACAAUUCCCCACAGCACCAUCCACCAGCCAGCCCACCGUCGAUCCAUACUUCACCCACUUCGAUCCGCACUACGAGCAUCAGAGCUACAAAGUAAGUCAAAAAGAAGCCCAACAGCGCCUCGAGGAAUCGCAUCGCGAGAAGGUCACCCGUGUCAUGAAGGACUGGUCCGAUUUGGAGGAGAAGUACCAGGAUAUGCGUAUGGCUGAUCCCAAGCAAGCACAGACAUUCAAACAACGCAUGACAGCACGCUUCCAGACUUCUGUUCAGGCACUCGAGGAGGAAGGCAACGCCGAGAAGCAUCAGUUGGCCGCCAUGCAUCAGCAACGCGUAUUGGCCCACAUCAAUCAGCGCAAACGUGAAGCAAUGACCUGCUACACUCAAGCGCUCACCGAACAGCCACCAAAUGCUCACCACGUCGAGAAGUGUCUGCAGAAGCUUUUGCGCGCCUUGCACAAGGAUCGCGCUCAUGCCUUGGCCCACUAUCGUCAUCUCUUGAACUCCGGCGGUCCAGGUGGUUUGGAAGCUGCCGCCUCAGAACGACCACGCACUCUGGAACGUCUCAUCGAUAUCGAUCGCGCCGUCAACCAAUCCAUGACCAUGUUGAAACGUUACCCCGAAUUGUCUGCCAAAAUUUCCCAACUGAUGAACGACUACAUUUUGGCGCUACGCAGCAAGGACGACAUCCCCGGCUCAUCGUUGGGCAUGAGCGAAGAAGCGGAGGCUGCCAUUUUGGACAAAUAUCGCGUUGAGAUCGAGCGUAAAGUGGCGGAGAAAGAACGUCUACGUUUGGCCGAGAAGCAGCGUAAGGAACAGCGCGCCGCUGAACGUGAGAAAUUACGUGAAGAGAAGUUGCGCAUGGAGGCCAAGAAGGUUGAUGAGCUAUUGAAGUCACAAGCCGAGCAGGAUGGUGGCGCCAGUGGUGCUGGCUCGUCCAUGUCGGGCUCCUCAUCCACUGCAGCACUUGGUGACUCCAAGGUGAGCAGCAAAGAGAUUGGUCAACUUGCAGAUCCCACUAAAUUGGCGCAAAGCGACAAGGACAGCACCGGCGGUGAAGAGUACGCCGAUGUCACUGUCAGCACCAAAACCCAAACCGUCCUGCCCACAGUCGAUGAUGAUGCCGUACAGCGCGCCGUAGAGGAUGUCGCUGCCGCCGUCGCUCACCAAGAGGCUGAGCCACAGGUGCAACACUUUAUGUCGCACGAUUUGGGUCAUCGCGAAUCGAGCUUCUCGCUGCGUCGCGAAUUCGCACACACGCACGCGAACAAGGAGGGACGCAAUGUCUACUUCACUUUGUCCUUCGCCGGCAUUGCAUUGUUAGCGGCCAUCUUUGUUGGUGUCGCUGUGGCCAAGUGGAGAACAUCUCGCUCUCCACAUGCGCAGGGCUUCAUUGAAGUUGAUCAGAACGCCACCACACACCCCGUUGUACCGGAGGAGAAGAUCGUGGCGAACAUGCAAAUCAACGGUUACGAGAACCCAACAUACAAAUAUUUCGAGGUGAAGGAGUAAAAGAAGCAAAACAAAAACAUAUAAAUUCAAUAAAAAAUAAUAAUAAAUUUGCAAAUAUUGUAAACGCACUCAACAACUCAGUAAACCCACUAAAGGAAGAGUAAGCCCCGCCCCUACCCCCGAAAAAACAAGAAAAACAGAAAAAUGAAAAUAAAUAAAUUCCCACUAUAAAAAGCCUGCUUUAUCAUCAUUACCCACUUAUACAUACAACUAAUGAUAAAUACAACAAAUAAGUCAUACAAAAAUAAAAAACAACAACCACAAAACCCGUGAAUUAUACAAAGAAACCAUAUUUUCCAAAAACCAAAAAGAAAAAAUCAUGAAAAUAAUUUUAAGAAAAUAAAAUUAAAACAAAACGGAGCGCAGUUCCAACAUGACAUGCAAACAAAUGUAUGUAGAAAGUGAGAAUAGAAAGAGAGUGAAAGGGCAGCAAAGUUGUAAGAUGUAACUGUAAUAAAUGCAAAUAGUAAAAGCAAAGAAAUAGAAGUGCGAAGCAAAACAAGAUGGAACAGAAAAAACGAAGGAAGCAGAAGGCGAACAUUUGAAAGAAGAAGAAGAGAAAUUAAUAAAAAGAGAUUUUGAAAAUAAAGAGCUCAAAAACAAUGAUUUCAGCUCGAUAAUUGUACUCAAACUCACAAAACACUCACAAACGCAUACAGUUCUUACCAUAAUCACUUACUCACUCACCACUCACCCAAAAAUAUGCCAACACACUCACUCAAAGUCAACACUCAAUCAAUCAAUGGGUGGAAUAAAACUCAAAAUAAUUCACAAUUCUUUCAUACUCUACAUUUCAGAAACAAAAAGUAUGUUGUUCUUGUUUAGAAAGUAUUAAUUAAAAACCAAAAGAAUUAUGUGUAAUAAUAAUAAAGAGUAAAGAAAAACUAAAAGUAAAAUGUAUUAAAAUUUAAGUAAAUAAAAAAGAUCAAGAAGAAAAAAGAAGCAAAUUAAUUUUAAGCAAAAAGUGGAAUUCGAAAUUUUGCAAAUGAAGGUGUGAGCCAAUUUUAUUUACGUAAAUCAUAAAUCUGAACGCAAAAGAGAGACCAAAACAACAGUUAGAGGGGGAAAAGAAUGACAAUGAGUAUGCAUUUCCGUACGCAAACGUGUGUGAAAGUCUACAAAAUAGAAAGUUUUGAGCUUAAAGCUUUCAAGUGGCUGGGAGAAUUGAAAGCAGAUUGAUUUAAACUGCAUUAUUUUGGAAGUAAACAGAGAGAAAAGAGUGUAUAGAGGGGGAACUGAACUAACUAAUGCGACAACGGUACUUUUAAGAGAGAUAGUUGUAUACAGAGAGAGCUGAAGAUAGAGAGAGUCAACAACAGAUGAACCAAUUAAAGGAAAUGUACAAAAAUUACUGAACGGAGCGACAGCUAAGAGCUCAAAACGGAGCUUAAAGCAAAGAUCAAGAAAAUUGCAAAGUGUAGACAAUAAGAGUCAUGGAAGAAUUAGUUAGUCAAUACCGUAUACGCUGAUGUGUUCCCAAAAUGCUCUUUUGUAGAAGAAAAAACUCUACUUGAUAAAUGUUUAAAUUAACGACGAGUAACUUCAAAAAAAAUUCCAAUACAUAACAUUCAUAAACCUUUAAAAGCUUUCAAAGCUUUUUAGAAUAUUUUAUAAGAAAAAGGCAUGAAGAACAUCACAUACAGCUAACAAUAUUUGUAAAUUCAUAUAGGGAAAGCACAGUGAAAUGUGAGAGCUUACCAGGAAUUUUCUAAAAAGCUUCAAACAAAGCUUUGGAAAACACGUUUAGCCAAAUCAUGCCUGAAAACUCAAAGAAAUGACUAGCCUGCAUUGAUAAUCAUUGGAAAAGGCAGUUCAAGCUAUUCACAGCAUCCAAAAAAGCUGCUCUCUCAUGUCACAUGAAUGAAAACUUUCACACACACAGAGACGGAACAGGAAAGUUUGCGUUAAUUAAACGAGUUUUGGUGAAUCAAAUUAAUAAUUAAAUUAAGUGUAAUUUUUUGUGAAAGUGGAAAGGAAAUUUUAAAAAGCUCACAACGCCUAUGAAUACAUAUAUCCAUAUAUAUAAAAUGCAACUUUCACUCACUCUACUUCUAACAAAUAAAUACAACAAAAAUAACAAUCGCCUGCUUUUCAUUAAUCACUUAAGACGCUGUAAGAAAUGAAUAUGAUUAAACAAGUGUUUAGCAUUAGCUGGUUAAGAAUUCUCUAUAUAUCUAUAUAUAUAUACACAAAUCUAUGUAUAUAUAUAUAAAUGGAACGCAAAAGCUGAAGGUAAUGAAAUGAAGCGCAUAAAACAUGAGUACAUAACUGAAUAAAAACGCCUGCUGCUAUUCUUAUACUCAAGACAUUCAAAUACAAGAAAUAAACUACACACAAUGACCUACUGACAUACACAAGCACUACUGACAUACCAAAAAAUACGAGCUUGUUAAGUGAGAGCAUUUUGUGCGAGCUUAAAGGGAGCUUUUAAUGCCCAUGUGCUUAAAAAAGAGCUUUAAAAGUAUAUUUCCAAUAAAAGACUGGAGGAAAGAUGCGGAGAAAAUGUAAUUUACGCUUCAAGAGCAGAAGCUUUCAAUGCUUUGAAUGAGCUUUCAACUUAAUCAAUUUGGAAUUUUAUAAAAAAAAUCACUUAGAAAAAUGCUUGAAACUCAAACAGUGCAAGUUCGAGAAGUUUUAAAAAGCUUUAUAUAUUAGCAAUAACCUGAAAGCUUUAAACAUUGUUCUUCAAAAGCUUUCGAGGCGUAGAUCUUCAACUCUAAAUAGUUUUGAUUGUUUUCAAAAGCCCUGGCGUACUAAGAGAAGACCCACUAAAUUAUCUCAAAGGUACAAUUAAAUAAGCACUUUUUAAAAGGCUUUUGAAUCAAAAUAGUGGAAGAUCUAGAAGCUUUUAAAAGCUUUAUAUGUUACUUGAUCCAUGAAAGCUUAAAACUACUUUUGUCAAAAGCUUUAGAGACGUAGUGCGCCCAGCGUUGUGCAGCAAAUCUGUUGAAAAUUAGUGCUACGUGAAGGCUUUUGAUUUAAAAUAAUAUGGAUCAUGUGACUCUGUAAAAGCUUUAUGUGUUAGAACUUCCCUUAAACUUUUAGAGUCGUGGCUCGUCAAGCGUGUACUGUUUAACUCCAAGUCGUUUUGCCUGUAUUCAAAGAGUGCGAUUUCAUAUCACCCAAAAGCUCAUGGGCGUAUAUUAUAGUUCUCUAUUAGUAGCUCCACCUACUGAUAAGCUUGAAUGGCGUCAGUUGGAAGUAGUAGAGCGCGUAGAAAACCACUUAACACACACACUGUCUAUCGUUACUAGCUAACUAGAUUACUGGUGGUCACGCCCACGCAAUCUAUCGCUACAAAUCAGCGUUUAAAGUGAUAAGGCACACAAAAAGAAACGAUAUUCAUUUCCUAUACGUAAAACGAACGCAUUCAUAUCAAUUCUCAUUAUACUAUUUAUUAUUAAAUAAUAGUUUUUAGCAUUUAGUAUAUAUUUUAAUUUAGUGUUUUAAUUAUAUAAUUUAAUGACUCGUAACUUGAGAAAGACAGUUUUGAAGAUUUGUGCAAAUUUAAUCAGACGCAAAAAUCAACACUUGAAACUUAAGGAAGCGAAUAAGUAAGUGAGAUAAAAGCGUAGUUGUAGUAAACAAAAAAGAAACAAUAAAAAUAGUUUAAUUAAGUGUAUCAUUUGACUUUAAUAACAUUUACAUAUGUAGAUAUGUACUUGAAGACUACCAUAUACUUGUUUACAGAUAUGUUGAAUGUUUGCUUUAUACUUAAAUUAAUGAAAAGCAUUUUUUGCGUUGUAAUUUAUAGAUAAUUUACGUUUUAACGGUGACAUUGUUUGGUUUUCGAAAAAUAAAUUUCAAAAUAUGCAACAUAAAACGGUUGAGAAUUGCAGGAAAUAUAGAAAUAUAACUGUUUUUGAAGCUUUAAAGCUUUUUAUCAGACUCUCGCUCUCUUUCGCACUCACGGAGUUAAGCAGUUUAUACGCACUCUGCUGCUUUUUGGAGUUUUUACGCUUUCUCUCGCUUUAACGUUUCAUUUUAGUCGUUCGUCGCUGUAAUUCUCAACCGUUUUAUGAAAUUCCCAAAAAACAGAAAAUACUCCACUAACAAGCGGGCAAAAACAACAACACUCACACACAAAAUAGCGAACAACCACAAUUCUACAACAAAUACCCUAUGCAUAUAAGAAAUAUUGCUAAAGAAAUUAUUUAUAAAUAAAAAGCAAAACUAUAACUGCGUAACAACUAGUUGCGUAACAACGCAACUCUAAGCGAUUAAGUAAAGCAAAGCUAAGCAAACCAAAAACAAAAACAAAAACAAAAACAAAAAAACCUAAGAAACCUAGUCAAAGCUUAAAUAUUUUUAUGUUCAUUUAUUAUAUAGCAAACCAUAACAACACAUACAACAUGCAUACAUACAUACAUAUAUAUUUAAAAUAUAUAUAUAUAUAGAGUAUACAACAACAACAAAAACAUAUAUGAAAUAAAUAAAUCAAUAAUAAUAACAACAACAACAAACGACCGCAACAAUUGAUAUUUACACUGACAAUUAGCGAAGCGAAGCGUGGAGGAAAGAGCGUAGAAAUAAAUUUAAAAAAUUUAUAAAAGCAAAAACAAAUAAAAUGUAAAAUGCCUACAAAACAGCUGAUGAAAUAAAGAAAUUGUAAGCAAAAACCCCGUCCUGCGUGAAUUAAUAAAUAAAUAAAAAAACUAAAAAAAAUACACUUAAAAAAUGCAAAUAAAAUUAAAAAUAAAAGAAAAAACAAAAAUUUAAAGCAAAUAAAGGAGAAAGACACAAAUCAAACAAACACAAAACAAGAAGAGAGAGUAAAAAGAAAAAUAAAAAAUAUCAAGAAGUAAUUUAAUUUACAAACACAAAAAAAAAUUAAGUUGCGAAAAAUACAGAGUGUAGCCUGUAUUUAAAAAUUACAAAAAAAAAAUAAAAUUACAAAAAAAAUAUUAAUAAAAAAAAUAAGUAUGAAGCUCGCAACUGUUUAUCGACGUCGCUCUCCCUAGCCCCUAAAACUAAAAAAUACAACUUUCAUUUGUAAUACAUGCUUGACAUACAAAAAUAUUAUAUGUAUAUUGUUUAAAAAAAAAAUUAAAAAAAAAAAUAAAAUUUAAUAAAUAUUUAUUACUCCUUUUGUUUUGUUUUUGUGUUUCUCAUUUCAAAUGUGCAUCAAAUACACAAAAACAACAACAUUUAUUAAAUAAUUAAUUAUUAUAUAUUGUAUUAUUGCAUAAAGUCAACAACAACAACAAGUAAAAAAUUCUAUAUAUAUAAAUUAAAUUUAAAAGUAAAAUUAAAAAAAACAAAAACAAAAAAAUAUUAUAUAUACAACAUAUAUAUGUGAAUGUACUCAAUGACAAUUGUAAUUGCAACAAUAAUUGUACGCUAAUAUAUUAUAUUUAAAACCCACAAACAACAACAUGAACAGCAACACUACAAAAACAACUAGCGACCACAAGCAACCAAUAGCUAAAGCCUAACCAACAAGCGAGCAGCAGUAAGCGAAAAUAAACCCCAAACUACAGGAACAAAACAGGAAACGCCACAACAAAAAAAAAACAAAAACUAAAAAACAUUUAAUUUACAAACAGUUGGCAACACUUUUUUGCCAAAAAUGUAGCGAAAAAACAACCACAGAAAAGCCAACGCUGCAACAACAACAAUAAGCAGCAACUAAUGGUGUGCAGAAAUGUUGUAGCAUGCGAUACAUUUUGCAAAUGCACUGAGAGAAAUUUUCAACAAUUUUUUUUGCGAUAACAAAUCCAUAUUUUCGAAAUUUUCUACCAAAAAGCCGAAAAAACCGUAGACCACUUCCACACCACACACGCCCACACUUGCAACUGAGCCAAGCUGAGUACUUGACUCGCAUGUACGAGUACUUGUCUCCAUAGUAUUUGUGUUUGUAAUGCAGCAAGUAAUUGUAAUUGUAAUUGUAAAAUGUUUCAGCGCAAAAUGGAAAUGCGAAGAAUGUAAUUUAAAGAGUAAAAUGAAGCAAAUUAUGUAACUAACACAUAAGUUGAUGUUUCCAGCUGAAAAAAAAAAAACAAAAAAACAACAAGGGGAACAGAGUGGAAAGUAUCGCGCGUACACUUAAAGAAAUUAGCAAAAACCACAAAAAAACAAGGAUUAUUAAGUAUUUAAAAUCAAAAAACAAAAAAAGUCUUUAAGUGGUAAAAAAACUGUAAGUGGUGAAAAAUGUAUGAAAAUAUGGUAAUUUAAAUUCAGUGUAAACAAUAAUAAUAGAAAAAAUAGUCAAACAACCAAACACACACACAUAUACACAUAAAUGUAUACACACACACACACAGUGUGAAGCAGAGGGCGCACAGUGGUGCCGCAGCGGAGAGACAACAACAAAAUGCAAAUGCAACAAAAAAAAACAACAAACAACAAAACAAAAACAAAGUAACAUACAACAA